AUGGCGAGCAGUCGAUUGCCCAAAACUGUGCUGCCUCGUCGCUAUGAGCUGGAGCUAUGGGUGGAUCUCGAUGCCUGUGCAUUCAAAGGCAAGCUCCAAAUUCUCCUGGACAUUGUGGAGCCAGUUUCCAAAGUUGUCCUGAAUGUUGCGGAUCUUAUUCUGGAAACUGAAUCGCUAUGUUUGCGCUAUGUGGAGGAUUUCGAUGAGAUCGUUCAUCCAGCGGCAUCUACAGUCGAUCAAGAGAAUGAACUGCUAGUGUUGAACUUCGGUGAAAAAAAACUGCAUGUAGGAAAAGCAACUCUGUUUAUCGACUAUCAUGGAUUGCUCAACGAGAAGCUUGACGCAUUUUAUCGAAGCACUUACAAGAGCGGAGGGGUUGAGAAAAACAUGGCUGUAACAGUUUUUGAGCCUGCUGAUGCACGAAGGUGCUUCCCUUGCUGGGAUGAACCAGAUUUUAAGGCGUGUUUUAAAUUUAAAGUUCAUGUUCCUGUCGAUCUUUUUCUGGAUGAUGCUUUGUUGGUAGAUGAAAAUACUACAACUUUGAAGAAACAGGAGGUUGCUAUAAACGUGGCUCAUGAAGUUGGGCACAUGUGGUUUGGUAACCUUGUCACACUAGAAUGGUGGACUCAUAUCUGGCUUAACGAAGGCAUGGCUACUUGGAUUAGUUAUAUGGCUGUCGAUUAUCUUUUCCCCGACUGGAACAUCUGGAUGGAAUUUCACAAAGAAAUCAUGUAUGAUGCUUUCAAGUUGGAUGCCUUGGAAUCAACUCAUCCAGUUGAGAUGGAAGUGCAGCAUGCUCGUCAAACCAUGGAAGUCUUUGAUGUUAUUGGCUAUUGCAAGGGAGCCUCACUAAUUUAUAUGCUGCAAGACUAUGUUGGUCUAACGGAUAUCCAGAGAGGCUUGCAACUGUACAUGGAGAAAUUUGCCUUUAGUAACGCAAAGUCAGACGAUUUAUGGGAUUGUAUCCAGGAAGUAACUGGAAAACCAAUCAAAGACUUGAUGUGCUCUUGGACAAAGCUGAACGGGUAUCCAAUUUUGAAGGCCACAAUGCUGAAUGACCAUGAGCUAGAGAUUGAACAGACUCGGUUUCUUGCAAGUGGACAGCCCGCCGAGGGGCAAUGGAUAGUUCCUGUUAAACUUAUUUCGGGAUCUUACAACUGCCAACAAAGUAUAUUGCUCAAGGACAGAAAGUGUAUAGUUCGCCUGCCAGCACGAACUGUAGUGAAACUUAACAUUGGACAAAGCGGAUUCUAUCGCGUGGAGUAUGAUGAACAACUGCUUACAGCUUUGAAAGACUCAAUUUCCUCAGGCUGGCUUUCUCCUGUCGAUAGACUAGGUGUUCUGGACGAUAUGUUUGCCUUAUGCCAGUCCACAAGACAGCCCCUGUCUGCUUUAUUGUCUCUCCUGGAGGUUUACAGACAGGAAGACGAUCCCACCGUCUUGUCACAUAUGAUCACCGUUGCACUCUCUUUACUUGAUGUGGUAUCUGUUGCAAUCCCAAGUUCAAAAGAAAGAGUAAGUAAUUUCUUAGUUGGACUAAUGGAAAACGCAACCAGCAAACUCAGCUGGGAAGCCGUUCAAGGUGAAAGUCAUUUGAAUUCCGGUCUCAGGGAGGAACUUUUGCAUGCUUUAGUGGUUCUUGGGCAUGAGAAAACCAUAUUGGAAGCCAAGAGGCGAUUCAAGAACAAGGCGAUGGUCCCCCUGGCAUCAAACAUGUUGAAGGCCGCAUAUGCAAGUGUGAUGAAAGAUUGUAAUCGAUAUGGAUUCGAUGAGCUGCUUGAAAUUUACAAAUCUUCAGAUAAGUUGGAGGAACGUAACCUGGCAUUGAGCACACUGGCAGGAUCUUCCGACCCUGUCCUCGUCGUUGAAGCUUUGAAUUUUUCACUAUCCCCAGCGGUGCGGCCUCAAAACGUCACCGACAUCUUCUCCGGGUUAACAAUAACCAACGGUAUCACAGCUUGGAACUGGCUCAAGGAAAAUUGGGGUCCAGUGCACGCAAAAUUAGGAGAAGGUUUCCUGCUGCGCAGACUUGUGGACAGAGUUGCCUCAAAGCUUUGGACUAGCGAUAUCGUAGAUGAUGUCAAAGAGACUAUAUCUUCCAGAAUUUCCUUCUUCCGAAAGUUUUCUGGCCGGUGCAGUGAGAAAGUGAAACUCAUGGCUCUAUGGGUCGAAGCCAUAAGAAGACAAGACUCAACUCCAACUCCAACCCAAUCUUUGUGAGCGAUUGUCAACUUACCGACCAAGCAAAUUCAACAAUAUGAACCAAAUUCUACAGAAACUUGUCUAUAGAACUCAUGCUCCCGUAGAGAUCACUCAUCAGCACGUAGGCACUUGCAUCUUCCUUUGUGCCAACAGCCUGCACCAGUGCCUCAAAUGUAACC